AUGAAAAUUGAUGAUUUCGAGGUGACCGCCCGAGCCGACGACUGGCCCUUUACCGCUUCAACGAGGGCCAUGCCCAGCAUCGUGCAGCUUCAAAACAACGCGAUCCACCCGCGUGGCUUCAAGGAUGAUAUUCCGGUGGAUUUGCAAGGCGGUCGGUUGAUUGACAUGACCGAGGAAGAAGAAAUCGACCCCAGCGAUGGGGCCACCGUCCAAAUCACGACCUAUCGAAUCGAGACCCCCGAUGGGCACGAGCUGACGCAGACCGUCCGCCGGAAAAUGAAAAUCGACUACCGCCAACUGCACCAUCGCGUCGAGACCCUAAAUGGGAAAGAGACGAAAAACGAGGUGGCCGUGCAGCAAAUCUCGAACGGCUUCAACACGUUUCCGGGCGGCAAUUUCCCAGCCAUCGAGGGGGGCUUCGAUUUCGACAAGUCGGCCCUCAAGUUGAAUAUGGAUGAUCCACAGGAUCUCCGGAUAUCCAACGUCCUCAACCAAACCCGCGAUGCGUUCCUCGGCAUUCUCUCCCAGGAGAAAGCAGAGUGGAUUGCCAAGUUCCCGGAUCUGUUCUCCAAAAUGCGGACUCAAUCCCAAUUAAUCCCCUCAACGACCACAGAAACUGUUGUCAAUGCUGACGGGUCGGUGACGACGAGGAGUCGAUCUCAUCAGAGUGUUAGCUCGCAGUGGUGUCGGCAGGAGACGUACAUCAACGGCGUCAAGCAGACGUCAAAGAGCAAGUGGAGGGCUUUUGUGGAGUACAAGGGCCCCGAGGGCGGCUUCAAAGUGAAACUGUCAGACGAGGGCGAGGACGAGCUGUCCGAGGAGGAGAAUGACGAUGAUGAACGAUCCGCGCACUCCGAUGACAACGAAUCUGUCUUCUCCAUCACUUCCCAAAUCCCUCGAGGCGCCAUCAAAGCCCCAGGAGGGAAGAAGAAGACCGAUAGGGCACAAAUGGCUGCCAGGGAAUUGGUCGAUUCCGAGCAGAGAUAUGUCGACAAAUUGAGACUUCUUGAUCAGAUCUUCCGCGUCGACGUUGAAGCCCUGGAGAAGGCGGGCGACUUUGAGAGGGCGAAGGUCGGCAAGCUGUUCUCGAACAUCUCCUCCCUCCACACGUUCCACAACACACAUCUACUCCCUCAGCUGAUGGAUGCGAAUCGUGAAUGGAAUCAUACCAGAAGAAUCUCACAUGUCAUGAAGAAGUUGGCGCCAUUCCUGAAGAUGUACUCCGAGUACACGAACAACUACAACGAGGCCGUCAAGGUGUUCGAAGAACAACGGGUGAAAAAUCGAAAAUUCGCCGACCUGGUGGCGAAGAUCGAGCGACUGCCCGAAUGCGAUAACCUUCCUCUCUCCUCCCACCUGAUCUGUCCGGUGCAACGAGUGAUGCGAUAUCAGCUGUUGUUACAGGAAUACAAAAAACACCUCAACAAAUCCGACGUCGACCUGGCAGACACGGAGGAGGCACUUCAGCUCGUGCUCAAAGCCGCUGAACACGCCAAUGAGACGAUGAAGAAGCUGGAGCGCUACCGGAAAGUGAUCGAGAUGCAAGAGAUGCUCGGCAAUUCCCUCCCUCUCGUCUCGGUCGGCCGAGAGUUCAUCGAAUCGGGCCCAAUUCAGAAGAUCUCAUCCAGCACACAGAAACCCGAGGAACGGUACCUCUUCCUCUUCAACGACCUGAUUUUGCUCGGCGUCAAGGGAUACGUGUCGAAAUAUCGAGUGCGAGCACGAUUCGAGGCGCUUCAUACUCGGGUAUGCGAAGGAGACAACUUGGAGCGCGAGCACUCGUUUUAUCUGAGGGGCAACUACGGCACCGAGCCGCCACGGUGCGUCGAACUGUUCACCGACACCCAAGAAGCCAAGGAGAAAUGGAUGCGAAAGCUGCAAGAAGUCAUCACACGGGCUCGGGACAAUUCGGCCACGUUUUCGAAACACGACUCAAAGCGAAGCUCGAUCAGCGAGGGCAAGUCGAAGUCGCCGAAGCAUUGUGCAGAGUGUGACAUCGAACUGAGCUUCUUGUCACGAAAGGUGUUCAAGCUCAAAUGCAGCAAGUGCCAGCGAAAGUUGUGCGACAAAUGCUUUGGCCGAUACAAGAAUGAUGGAAAGAAGGGAAAACUUUGCGAGGGAUGCGUGAAGAACACUGUGAAUUCCGACACGAUCCGCAAUGCCGUCUCGAGUGUGGGCGACGUCUUGGACAAGCCGCCACGAGGAGCGGGUGUCCUCCACGGUUCAGAUGUUCGAUUCAAGGGCUCCCUCGGCAAAACCUUCCACCGCUACUUUGCCGUCCGCAGCGACUUCUGCCUAUAUUCGUAUGAGGAUGAGAAGCAAACUCGUGCCGUGGCCAUGCUCCCACUCCCUGGCGCCGAGGUGAAAAUGUGCGGCGAGCGGAACAGCUUCCAGCUGCGUGUCGGCACCCGCCGUAUCUACACGAUCACCGUCGACGACGAGAAGACGCAGGCAAAAUGGAUGGCCGUCCUCGAUCUCGCGGCUAAUGCUCAUAUGGCACAGUCCGACUCCGAG